CUCCUGCCUGCCCCCCUUGCAGGCUGGGGAGGAGGGCCAUGGCUAGCCCAGAGGAUCGGCUUGCUCCCCACCCCCAGGCCCCACUGCGGGAGGUUGGGGGCGAGCCCGGCCGUGGCCAAGUCCGUCUGGAACCCCGGCGCAGCGCGGCCAGCGGGCGGAGUGCAGUGGGCCUGAGCCUAGCCCGGGAGCUGCUCGGCUGCGGCCGGGAGGAGCUAGCGGCGCCCCCGCCCCUGUCCCGGUCCCUGUCUCCUGCAGGCCACGCCAGCCCCGCUGGGGGCCCCGGCGCCCGCUCGGUUCUCAGCGCCGGAGGCUGCGGCUGGGUGGCGGCCCGUGCUCCCUGGGCGCUUGCCUUCUCCUCCCCUGUCCCCUCCUCCUCCUUUUCAUCUUCCUGGUACUUCUGGCCGCCGCCCCCCCUGCCCCCUCCCCCUCUUGUCCCCUCCUCAUCUGCUUUUCACCUCCCCGCGCGUCUCCCGGGAAGGGAGGGAGCAGCAGCGGCUGGAGGAGGAGGAGGAGGAGGCGGCGAUGCUGGCGGCAGCGGAGGAGGAGGACAAGAGGCAGCUCCCUUGAGCGUCCCCCCAGGCAGUAGUCACCGCAGCAGCGGUGGCAGCAGCAGCGGUGGCAGCGGCGGGCGGCGGCGCCUCUUCCUCUCGCCUGCGAUCCAAGGCUUGCUGCUCCCAGCCCGCGCCGGGCCCCGGCUACCUCCGCCGCCGCGGCUUCCCCUACACCCGGGCGCACGCCGCGCGGACUCCUCGGGUUUUCCGGGCGCCGGCGGGGGCUGCCCUGGCCUCGGCGCCGGCUCUGCCGCCGGUGGCCGAACUCCGUGGCGGCCCCGAGGCGCCGCCCUCCCCCUUGCCACCGCUUGGCCGCUGCUCUUCGGCUCCGACAUGGAAGAUGGACCCUCUAACAAUGCGAGUUGCUUCCGAAGGCUGACCGAGUGUUUCCUCAGCCCCAGUUUGACUGAUGAGAAGGUGAAGGCCUAUCUUUCUCUCCAUCCCCAGGUAUUAGAUGAGUUUGUUUCUGAGAGUGUUAGCGCGGAGACUGUGGAAAAGUGGCUGAAGAGAAAAAACAACAAAGCGGAAGAUGAACCGUCUCCUAAGGAAGUCAGCAGGUACCAGGAUACGAACAUGCAGGGGGUCGUGUACGAGCUGAACAGUUACAUCGAGCAGCGCCUGGACACUGGCGGAGACAACCAUCUGCUCCUCUACGAGCUCAGCAGUAUCAUCAGGAUAGCCACAAAAGCCGACGGAUUUGCACUGUACUUCCUUGGAGAGUGCAAUAAUAGUCUGUGUGUGUUCACACCACCCGGAAUGAAGGAAGGCCAACCCCGGCUCAUCCCCGCAGGGCCCAUCACCCAGGGCACCACCAUCUCUGCCUAUGUGGCCAAGUCUAGGAAGACACUUCUGGUAGAGGACAUCCUUGGGGAUGAGCGAUUUCCACGAGGCACCGGCCUGGAAUCUGGGACCCGAAUCCAGUCUGUCCUUUGCUUACCCAUCGUUACUGCCAUUGGAGACUUGAUUGGCAUCCUUGAACUGUACAGGCACUGGGGCAAAGAGGCCUUCUGCCUCAGCCAUCAGGAGGUUGCAACAGCCAAUCUUGCUUGGGCUUCCGUAGCAAUACACCAGGUGCAGGUGUGCAGAGGUCUCGCCAAACAGACCGAACUGAAUGACUUCCUGCUCGACGUAUCAAAGACAUACUUUGAUAACAUAGUUGCCAUAGACUCUCUACUUGAACAUAUCAUGAUUUAUGCAAAAAACCUAGUGAACGCCGACCGCUGCGCGCUCUUCCAAGUGGACCACAAGAACAAGGAGCUGUACUCGGACCUGUUUGACAUUGGGGAGGAGAAGGAGGGGAAGCCUGUCUUCAAGAAGACCAAGGAGAUCAGAUUUUCCAUCGAGAAAGGGAUUGCUGGUCAAGUGGCAAGAACGGGGGAAGUCCUGAACAUUCCCGAUGCCUACGCGGACCCGCGCUUUAACAGGGAGGUGGAUCUGUACACGGGCUACACCACGAGGAACAUUCUGUGCAUGCCCAUUGUGAGCCGUGGCAGCGUGAUCGGCGUGGUGCAAAUGGUAAACAAGAUCAGCGGCAGUGCCUUCUCCAAGACGGACGAGAACAACUUCAAGAUGUUCGCCGUCUUCUGCGCACUGGCCUUGCACUGUGCUAACAUGUACCACAGGAUCCGCCACUCAGAGUGCAUCUACAGGGUUACCAUGGAGAAGCUGUCUUACCACAGCAUCUGCACCUCCGAGGAGUGGCAAGGCCUCAUGCGCUUCAACCUGCCGGCGCGCAUCUGCCGGGACAUUGAACUAUUCCACUUUGACAUUGGUCCUUUCGAGAGCAUGUGGCCUGGGAUCUUUGUCUACAUGAUCCAUCGAUCUUGUGGGACAUCCUGUUUUGAACUUGAAAAAUUGUGCCGCUUUAUCAUGUCUGUGAAGAAGAACUAUCGGCGGGUUCCUUACCACAACUGGAAGCAUGCAGUCACGGUGGCACACUGCAUGUACGCCAUACUUCAGAACAACAAUGGCCUCUUCACAGACCUCGAGCGCAAAGGCCUGCUCAUUGCCUGUCUGUGCCACGACCUGGACCACCGGGGCUUCAGUAACAGCUACCUGCAGAAGUUCGACCACCCCCUGGCCGCCCUCUACUCCACCUCCACGAUGGAGCAGCACCACUUCUCCCAGACGGUGUCCAUCCUUCAGCUGGAAGGGCACAACAUCUUCUCCACCCUGAGCUCCAGCGAGUACGAGCAGGUGCUGGAGAUCAUCCGCAAAGCCAUCAUUGCCACCGACCUCGCCCUAUACUUUGGGAACAGGAAGCAGUUGGAGGAGAUGUACCAGACAGGGUCGCUGAACCUCCACAACCAGUCCCACCGAGACCGAGUCAUUGGCCUGAUGAUGACUGCGUGCGAUCUUUGCUCUGUGACGAAACUAUGGCCAGUUACAAAAUUGACAGCAAAUGAUAUAUAUGCAGAAUUCUGGGCUGAGGGUGACGAGAUGAAGAAGUUGGGUAUACAGCCCAUCCCUAUGAUGGACAGAGACAAGCGAGACGAAGUCCCUCAAGGACAGCUUGGAUUCUACAAUGCUGUGGCCAUUCCCUGCUAUACCACUCUGACACAGAUCCUCCCGCCCACAGAGCCUCUGCUCAAGGCCUGCAGGGAUAACCUCAAUCAGUGGGAGAAGGUAAUCAGAGGGGAAGAGACGGCAAUGUGGAUCUCAGGCCCUGCAGCUAGCAAAAGCACGUCUGAGAAGUUGAACGUGAGGGUGGACGACUGAUCCCGAAGCGAUGUCUGCCUAGCAACCGACUCAACCUGCUUCUGUGACUUCAUUCUUUUUUAUUUUCAAGGGGUGAGAAACCCUCUCUCAGAAGGUACCGCCGCAUAAUCCACGUGAAGCAGAUGACUCCCUGCUUGCCGUGCGUGCGCGCGCACACACACACCUCGGACAGUGAGCAACCCAGGUCCCACCGCGUUCAGACGUUGGCUAUUCUGUGGCAUCACCGACCUCCGAAUACUAUUUGCUACCGGGCCAGCACUGCACUGUCUGGAGCGGGCAGAGGCUACCGGAGGGGUUCUUGCCUGCAUCCUUCCGUGAGGGCGUGGCCAGUACCCCGGUUGUGUGCUUCGUCUCGUCACAGCCAUGCGGCUGGCUGCUUGGUGGCAUUGGUUAGGAAUGGGACACGCACCCCUUGUUGUGAAGUUUACAUGUGACCUUGUUGUAGGUUAACUGAGUUUGUAGCCUGGGACACAUGUAACGAAGUUACGGUCCACAGGUGAUAGAGAAAUCCAAGCUGUUGAUUACAGGUGUACUGCAGGUGUGUUCUUUCAGUUUAUCUGGGGGCACGUAAGUGAGUCAGCCCACUCAGAAGCAAGCAUACCUCUGCCCUCCUCAAGGGGACACAGGGUACAUCCCAGGCAUCGGGGAACUGAAGCUCUCACUUCAAACCAUGUCAAAGAAUUAAAACACCCAUCCUCCCCUUUCCCCUCACUGUAGCCUUUGGCGAUGGCGCCAAACCCUUUACACAAAGAAAAUAAAAGUAAGGCGUAUAAAUUUCCUCCAGCAAGCAAAUCUUGUGAGUAAAAAAAAAUGUGAAUUUUAACAAUCUCUAUAUUUUCACUGUGUGUCAUUGGAGAAUUUUAGUCACAUCCAAAGCAAAAGAUUAUUCUAGAAGACACCUCAUCCCCUGCUGUACCCUCCUCAGAGGCGCCGGCAGCAUGGUCUCAUUCUCCCAGGGUUCUGGUCCCUCUCCUCACUGUGCAAACUGGCCGGGCAGGAGGAGGUGCAGAACCAUCACACUGACCCUGAUGGUGUCUUCUCUCCACCAUUCAGACAUCCACAACGAACGCCAAAUGCCGUGUGUGGAUAGUUCACCUGCGUAACUUUCUAGAGAAGCCAGGACCCCUGGGCCCUCCCUGUGGAGUCCUAAGAAGUCACACAGGUUCACUCCAUGGGGAUUUUCAGGAUAGCGGCAUGGAGGCCAGAGUCCAGGCUCGGUUGUUCUCACUCGGUGAGUCUUGAGAAGGAAGAGAUUGGCCAGAAACAAACUCUCAGCACGCUGGGAGAAGCGUGAAAAGUUGCUUUAAAACAAUUUUUUGGAAUAGAUUUUGAUACAAUCGAUACGUGCAGGAGCUUGGCAUUUGCAAAGUCUAUUCAGUUUUCCUUCCCACACUGACUCACAGUUGUGGUUGAGUGGGUUGGACCCAAACCGUGUCUGGUCUUUAACACUGUACACGCAAUUUCCCCACGGGCUUCUAAAAUGUUACCGUCUCCUCCAUUUACUGUUACAGAGUCAUGCCAAGGAAAGAAGCUACCACAACACUAGGGCUGUACACAGAUGUGCACACACAUGUAUGCAUGGUGUGGGGACAAGCACACACAUGUAUGCACAGCGCGCGCACACACGCGCACACACACACACACAGGAUAAAAGGAGAGAGAAGGAAGAAGCGAAGGUUUAUAAAGUGAUAGCUACCCUCAUAUUCAAAAGUGGUUCUUUUCCCUGUAGGGAAACAGGUCAUAAAUGAUCAUGAGUGUGUUCUCUCGUGAGUGAGCGUGCUUUCCCCAGGGGUGCUCACACGGAAGCUAGUCCACUUUUCUCACACAAACAAGUGACACUGGCGUCAGCAAAAAGCCACUCGAUCCACACACAUUGAUCAACUAUCACCUUGGGAUCUGAAUUGCAGGAAGGGGCAGCAUUUAAGAUGGUUGUUGGAUUCAGGCAUUCUAAAGGCACACACAUGUGAAUUCUGUUCCCUGAGCAUAUAAAAGGACCCUGGUGUUAGGAAACCUAUGACUGACUGCUUUUGCAUUUCAUGGUUGCUGUGGAAAUAGGGAUUUUACAGAAAUCUCUUAAUUUGACCUGAGCAAGAACAUUGUAUGGCGUGUCCCUGCCUGGGGCAGUGUGGCAGAGGAACCUGGUAGAGAUUUAUUGGCUGAUCAGUGUCUUGUGAAAUAGUAUCAUGUGAGAAACAGUUUGGAAAAAAAGAUGAUACCUGGGAAGACCUUUGCAAUGUUAUUCCCUGUGCCAAGACUCAGGAGGCGUAAAUCUGCCCAAAGUAAACUAGGCCGGGAUACAGCCAUGUUUAGUUAAUAAUUUGGUUUUAGAAUUCAUGCAGUCAGGAGUGUUUUUUUUUUGUUUGUUUGUUUGUUUCUUGGCAAGUGGAGUGUAUUUAACAUAUAGGCACGUGAAUCCGCCUCAUAGCUUUUCCCACCUCUUAUCUCACAAAGUUUUUUCCUUUCCAAAGGUUUCCAGGAAUUUCUCAUUAACGGCUGAUGCAAACUUAGUGACUAACAAUGACUAUAAACAGAAUGCUCAACUCACCAGAAAUUAUAUUAUUUACAAUCAUUUGUAAUAUACAAAUUUUAUAGCAAUGGUGAGCAUUUUGUUUCCACACACUGUGGUUAUCUUCUUCUUCUUUUUUUUCUCGGAUGCUUAAGGUGCAUGCCAGUACCGAUGUGAAGUAUUGAUUCCACGCAGCAAAAUACAGUCCUGAAGUUUGUAAACAACAGUUAUAUCAGUUCAUUAGAGGGCAGAGAAAACCAUGCUGGGCUGGUGGUCCACCUUCUACCUUGCUAGGAGGAGAGCAGUUGAAUCCUGUCCCCAGCUCCCUCCAGCAUGAAGAGCGGGCUGGCCAGACGGUUGCUGAGAUAUUCCAAGUGGCCACUCCCACAACUGCAAAACAACAACGACAAUAACAAAAAAACAUAAUCAGUUUGAUGUGACCUGUUUAGUGGGGCUCUCUUCUUUUGAGCGUGUGUUAGCGUUUUUUUUUUUUUUUUAUUUUAUACAUACCCAGUGACCUCUGCUCUUUCACGUGUGUUCAUGUAUGUGUUAGAUAUAUUAGCACAGCCUGCCUGCUGCUGCACAACGCCUUAGAGACCGGGGCCCUUCAAUGGACUUAGCUUGGCGUGCUGUGUUUCUUCUCUCUUAGGUCUAAAUUAUGGUGUCAGCUUUAAUAGAACACAAGUAUGCGCCUUGCUUUGGCUUGAGCCUUUUUGGUUUUCAACACUGACUUCUCUCCUUCCUCUCCUGUGUUCACUUUACCUUUCCUGAGAGUAAGAGACAAAAGAGGCGUGCCCCUGGUAGGGGCAUCCUGCUCACCAGGUCCCUGUGUCAUUACCCCACUUCACUGACAUCCACCCUGGUGACUAUGGGAUCCUCUUGUGCGUAGGGAACUGUGGCUCCAGUUAGAGGCAUCAGUCUGUUGGGUUCUGGCUCCCCGGCUACCUUUGGUUUUGAAAUUCUCUCUCUUCGCUGUAUAUUCUCACCCUGCAUCUGCUUUGUGUGAUGCCGCCGCUGCUGCUGCUGCUGCUGCUAUGCGCAGUAGGAUUCUUGGAAGACCGUCCAUCAGUCACAGACUUCUCCUGUGGCAAUGUAUCAGGCUGACUCGACAGUCACUGUAAAAUCUGAGUCAGUCACUCACACACACACACACACACACACUGUCAGCCAUGGCUCCCACUGGCAUGGCCGUUAUAUUUUCACACCUGAGUUCCUGUUGCUGCCCAUCUGGCUGGCAUUAUCUCUACUAAGUUGAAAUCAGAGGUGUAAAACAGAGUCCAUCCUCCUCACUGUCUUUAAAACAAAGCUGUACAGUUGGAUUGAUGAAAGUAUUCAAGACUUUCCAUACAAUGACAAAAGGCUCAGUCGUGGAAGGCAGGCGUGGGAUCGGUCUGCCUGCUCCCUACUCUGAUUGUGAAGAUUUGUAACUGUGAAUAGCACACGGAGGCCUGAGCUUGUGGGGGUUCAGGAAAACGCCGAGCACCAGGGUGGAACCUUAGCUGGAUAUAGCACGCGUCUCAAGAGGAAGUCAGGACACUAUCUCAGUGUUCAACCUCCAGGUACUAUACAUUUGCUAGUUUUAUCUCUAAUGUGAAAUAAAUCUCCAAACACUUGUUUAUUGUGUAGCGCACCUAAAAUACUAUUCUAUCAUGGGUGUCCCCACUCUCUUUCUCGGUUCAGUCACCCUGCUCCUCCCUCCCCCGGUCCUCUGCUGUAUCUAGAACAGUGAAUAUAAAUGAUGUAUGGGAAUAGUGUUUCCAUAUGAUCUGUUGUCUGGAGUGUAUGCUACAUGUUCAUUUACUGUACAAAAAGACUGUGCAGCUGAUUGCAGCACAGCUCUCUCUCUGUGUACAGUGCCCCCGCCUAUUUAAAAAUCACGGACUCGCCCAGAACACUGUGAGACACUUACCAGAUGACAAACACGCAGCGUCUCGAUUCUUUCCAAGAAGAGCAACUUUCUCCAUGGGAACACAGUAACAAAAGAGAUCCGCCGCCACCACCGCCAUCCACAACCUAGCCAAGACACCUCAGAGGCCAUGGGGACGACGUCCUUGCUGGCCGACACCUGCUGGAGCAGGGGCACAGGUCCCAGCAACUGAUGCUCAGUGGAUGGGCCUGCAGCCAAAGCCUUAAUGGGCUCUCUUUUGAAGGGGGAAAGCAAGAAUUUCAAGCUAAUGAUAUCCAACAUUAUUGUAGUUGAUGAGUUAGUAAAUUCCAAAAAAAAAAAAAAGAAAUGAUUUUAUAUGUAUGACAUUAAAAAAAUCUUUGUAAAGUGCACAAGUGCAAUAAUUUAAAGAGGUCUUAUCUUUGCAUUUAUAAAUUAUAAAUAUUGUACAUGUGUGUAAUUUUUCAUGUAUUCAUUUGCAGUCUUUGUAUUUAAAAACUUUACUGUUAUGUUUGUAUAAUAGAACAUUAAUCAUUUAUUAUAACUCAGACAAGGUGUAAAUAAAUUCAUAAUUCAAACAACCAGUAUAUAUGCAU